CCCCUCCCUCCCGCACCGCCGCCCCUGCGCCUCUCCCCCCACCGGCGGCGCCGCCCUUGCCCGACCCUCGCCCACACCGGGGACGCUCUAUCGGCUCGCCGCCGCGCCUGCGGGCCACCACGGACAGCGCUCGCUUCCCCCCUCACCUCCCGCACCGCCGCCCCUCCGCCUGUCCUCCACCGGCGGCGCCGCCCCUGCACGGCCAGGCCCUCUCCCCCACCGCCGACGAUCGAUUUGCCUCCCCCCACCGCCGACGCUCGAUCUCCUUUCCGCCGAUUCUCUCCUCUCCGUGCAAGCCCCCAGCCCCAGUGAAGCCUAGGGUUUAGCGGCUAAACCACCGCGGCGCCGAUGGACAAGGACUCGGACCCCGCAGCCUCAAGCAAGCCUACCCAGAUGGACCUCGAGGAACAGACGGACGAGGGAAAGGGGAAAGCAGAGGAGGCGAGCAUGAAGAGCGAGGAGCUCGCGGACUCCAUCGGGGGCCUCUCUAUUGGCCCGGGGCGCACCAAUUUCAAGAAGAAGCCUGUGAUCAUCAUCGUCAUCGGCAUGGCCGGGACGGGGAAGACGACCUUGAUGCACCGGCUGGUGUGCGAUAUGCAAGCCUCAAACAAGAGGGGAUAUGUUGUCAACCUGGACCCUGCAGUGAUGACAUUGCCUUUCGGGGCCAACAUCGACAUCCGCGAUACGGUGCGGUACAAGGAUGUUAUGAAGGAGUAUGGUCUUGGUCCCAAUGGUGGCAUCCUCACCUCGCUCAACCUUUUUGCUACCAAGUUCGAUGAGGUUGUGUCUGUCAUUGAAAGACGUGCAGAUCAACUGGAUUAUGUACUUGUGGACACUCCUGGGCAGAUUGAGAUCUUCACUUGGUCGGCUUCUGGAGCCAUCAUUACUGAAGCUUUUGCAUCAACAUUUCCAACGGUUGUUGCAUAUGUUGUCGACACACCCAGAUCAACAAGCCCUGUUACUUUUAUGAGCAAUAUGCUUUAUGCGUGCAGUAUUCUCUACAAAACCCGCCUCCCUCUAGUCCUGACAUUCAACAAGGUUGAUGUCGCCAAGCACGAGUUUGCUAUCGAAUGGAUGGAAGACUUUGAGGCAUUUCAAACAGCUCUGGAGUCGGACAAAUCUUAUUCUGCUACAUAUACCCGUAGCCUCUCUCUGGUCCUUGAUGAAUUCUACAAGAAUCUACGCUCUGUUGGAGUAUCUGCGGUGGCUGGUACUGGAGUCAGUACAUUUUAUGAAGCUGUAGAAGCAAGCGCCAAGGAAUAUAUGGAAACCUACAGGGCUGAUCUUGACAAGAGGAUUGCUGAGAAGGAAAGAUUGGAGGCAGAACGCAGGAAGGAGAAUAUGGAAAAAUUGCAGAGAGAUAUGAUGAAAUCUAAAGGACAAACUGUGGUGCUUAGCACUGGUCUGAAGGACAAAAAUCCUGCUUCAGACAUGAUGGAUGAUGCUGAGGAUGAAGAAGAUGAGGAAUUUGAGGAGGAAUUCGAAAAGUCUGGUUUUGUUGUGGAUGAUGAAGACGAGGAAGAUGAAGGAGAAGAUGAGGAAGUGGCUCAUUUUGGCUUUUGAGAAUGGGAUCCCUGGGGUGUUCAUGAAGACUAUGAAUGCAAGGUGAUUGAAGACGACACCCCAAUUCCUAAGCAUGUUCCUCACAGCACCAGCCUGUUGCUCGUCCUGAGUAGUUCUUCAAGACACUUGAUGCUGUCAAAUCCUAUCCCGCUCUGCAGGGUGUUGCUCCUCCACAAGUGAAGGCAUAAAGAUGGGAGUCUUCACGAUUGUGGCAUUUCACAUAUUGCUGCGUUGAGUAGAGACUAGUUUCUUGUGUCAUUUGCCAGCAAUGUGCAGUCUCAACUUAGUGAUUUGACACAGUAGUUUUGCUGUCUCCCCUAAAACUUUUGCGGUGUAUCUCUAAUCACUCUCCAAUCCAAAGGCAACGCUGCAAUGUUAUACCUGCAGUUUCCCCAAUUUGGCCCAUCAGGUUUACUCUGGGCCCGGUUCGAAAA